AUGGACCCAGACGCGGCGCGGGCGCUCGUGGAGCGACAGGUGUACGAGAUGGCGCGCGCGGUGGAGGCGUCGGUGGACGAUGAACUGCAUCGAUUGGAGAAGAUGGACGGGGACGAGCUGGAGGAUAUACGACGUCGACGCCUGGAGGCGAUGAAGACGAGCGCGAAGACGAGAAAAUCCUUGCUCGAGCGUGGACACGGCGUGGUGAACGAUCUGGACGACGAACGAGGAUUUUUUGAUAAGAUGAAGGGGGAGGAUAAGAUGAUCGUGCACUUUUAUCGCCGAGGGUCGUGGCCGUGCGAGGUCAUGGACGCGCACUGCGCGGCGAUUGCUCGCAAGCACGCCGAGACGCUGGUAUGUAGAAUCGACGCGGAAAAGUCGCCGUUUUUGACGGAUAAGUUGAAGAUUUGGAUGCUUCCGACGCUGGCGUGCAUUCGAAACACGAAGGUUGUGGAUUACAUCGUCGGCUUUGACGAUGUCGGAGGGACGGAUGAUUUCCCCACGGAGCACCUGCGGCUCGUGUUGGCUAGCAAAGGGGUGAUUACGUACGAGGGCGGUGACAACGACGUCGAUGCGAAUCCUCGACGGGCGGGGAGAGGUCCGCCGAAAGAUGAUGAGGCAGCGGAGAGACCGACGAACAUUCGCCGCGGGGCGCAGAUGGCAUUGAAUAGCGACGACGAGGAUUCGGACUUUGACUGA